GUAUUAAAUUGGGGAGAAAAACUGAAGAGAUGUUGUGAUGUUGAGGGACGUGGCAACCCUGUGAGCAUCAGCUGUGAGGAGAGUCAGCUGUCUGGACCAUCAGCUGGCUGGAGCGGCUUGUCAACAAUAUAUCUUCUUUUUCCCACUGUGAACGACGACAUGGCCAGUCAUAUGAUUGCAGAUGUAGGAUCACUUACUUUCAACCUCGUAAAAUUUUUAAACCCAAGUUUUUGUGCUCCACCUCGACGCUUAAGUUUUUCCACCACAUCUGUUUUUCCAAAUGGAAAUCGAGUCAUGCAAAGAGGAACCUAUUCAGGAGCGGAGCAACAUGUUCGAGGUCCCCCACAAAUGAAAAGCCGUAUUCCUGUUCAUAAUUCGCUACUCUGCGUUACGAUGAAGAAGCAGCCAUUCUAUGAUGAUAAGGAAAGAUUGCUUUUUACCUCCUUACUUGCACCAAUAUUCGCUAUCAACCAGACUUUCAAAUUUUAUAUUAAUGAAAAUGCUGCCAAGGCUGUUGAUGGACAGGAUAACCUGAUUUUGCUGAGAUUCUGUCGCAUGGACUGUAGUACACCACAGGAUGAUCAAUUUCCUCCUGGACUUCAGUUGUUUGUCAAUGACUUGCCAUUUGACACAAAGGGUGGACCUUUUCCCAUGGACAUUACUUCCCUGUGUCACACCCGGAAUAGAGGAAAUAUUAUACAGGUGGUGACCAGUUCAGGAAAUGGGAUAUAUUAUGUGAUUAAUAUAACACGUGUGAAAAAGUUGACGGUUGAUGACCUCGUUCAAAAGUUAAAGGCUAAGAAGCUCUUCGAAAUCCAAGAAACCAAAGCUCUGAUCAAGAGAGGGUUGAAUAACCCAAGCAGUGAUGUGGAGACUACAUCUGUCCAAUGUUCUCUGAUGUGCCCAUUAUCAAUGACCAGGAUAACGCUUCCCUGUCGAGCUACAUCAUGCAAGCAUGUUCAAGUUUUUGAUGGUCUUGUCUAUCUUAGGAUGAAUGAGCAAAGAGCAAAUUGGAUUUGUCCUGUGUGUAAUUCUUCAGCGCACUUCACCAAUCUUGUAAUUGAUAGAUAUUUUCAGAAUAUUUUAAAGGAAGCAAACACUUGUAACAAGAUCAAUUUCCUGCAUGAUGGCAAGUGGACUCCAGUGGUAAACAAUGACCACAAAGAAAAUCCAACUACACAGCAGAGAGUUGCCAAGAAGAGGGUUGUUGAUGAAGUCAUUGUCAUUGAUAGCGAUGACGAAGCCUGUCGUGAAGGAAAUGUCUGGAAAAGCAAUGAAACUGGAAGUGAAACAUCAUUACGUGGAGUUGGAAGAGGAACACACACAGCAUUACCUGCUCCCAAACGUUGUCGUAGGAUCUCUCAAGCAGACUGCUCCAAAAAUUGUGGGCCAUCAUUGAGGAGAGGCAGAAAGAGGAUUACAAGGAAUAGUAGCAAGUCUGUCAAAGGAAGAUAAAACUGUCCUGGGAGGUCAUUUUAAUGUACCUCUACUUCAAAUUUUUAAGUUACUUUUAAAGUUAACAACGUGGUCAAAGUAGGGGAAAGCUGUAUAGGGGGUGAUCGAGGAUUUCCCUAUACUGUACUGUAUUAUAAUUGGAGUUCUUGGUGGCUGUGUUAGAAUAUGGAAGAAAGCUGCAUUGAGGCUCCUCCAUUUGUAUUGAAUUUUAAUGUUUAUAUUUUGUUCAAGUUCUUAGCUACCAGUUUGUAUUAUAAAUGUAACUUUCUUAUUCCUUUUUCUUAUGUACUCUACAGAGUUAUUAUAAAAUUAAUAAGGUUUGAUGUGAGGGGAAUUUUUGCAGGCGGCUAUCAAAUAGUUUUUCAGUAAAUUCUUUGUUUUAAAAUAUUAUUAUUUGAGAUGAAUGAAUAGACCUUAUAUAUACUGCAGCCUUUCCACUUCUAAAUAUUCUAAUACUUAGGAUUGUUUUGGAAAUUAUUGAAUUCUUCAAUUAUUUCAAUUCUUAAGAUGAUUGAAUUCUUUUCAUAGACUUAUUUCCCAUCAUUAAUUGCUAUAGUUAUAUUUAUAUACAUUUUAUUUUUUCAAGUGUAUACUAGUACAGUACUUGAAGCCUGCAUGAAUCAAUGAAGUGUGGCAGGCUUCAUUGAAUAUUAUAUACUUGCUGCACACUAUACAAGCAGCGAUGUGUGGGCCGGCGUGGCAGGCUUCACUAGACACUGUUGGUGUGUCUGCUGGUAAUCCUGUACAGAAAGGUGUGUGCCUCUCAUUAAAACUAAUCAUAGUUUUUUACCAAAGAAUAUUGUAAUACUCAUUCUAUUCAAAUUAACUAUUUUUAAUUACAUAUUAAUAAAACUAUAUUUGUA